GCGCUGUGACCCUUGCUCUAUACUUGCUCUGCUCUCUGUGCUGACUCUUGUCUUGGUAACAAAAUCUGUUGUCAUGCGUUGCUAAGGAAGCAAUUGAGCUACUCUUUAAUUAGCCACUCAAAACAUCAGUAAACAACAGGUAACUUUACUUCACCAUGAUAACACUGAAAUAACCAGCUCCAUAAGACGGAAACUACUAACAUUACCUUGUUAUUUAUAUCAUCAUAUAAACGUUUGCUUGUAACGUUAGCUGAGCUAGCUUGGAAAUCGCUACUCUAUGCAAUGCCAGCUAUGUUAUACAGAUAGCUUGAAACUACUAGCGUUAUACUAGCUAAAUAGUUAACGUUAGCCAAAGUUAGCUAGCAGUGUAGGUUAUAUUCAAACAUGACUUGUUGGCUGGAUGAUAACGUUAGUUAAGGUUCAGUUAAGUGAUGACAAAACAAUUUCGACUCAACCUUUGAUACUAGCUAGCUAGCUUAGACCGCUAUGGCUAACAUUAAUAAUAAUUAGCUCACGGUGCUCGUAUUUAUUGAACUUACUUAAGGUAACUAAGCUAUAGUUACCGUUUAUUGUCCAACUAAUGUUGCACGUGUAAAAACUGCCAUUAGUGUAUUUAAUUGCUAGGAACUAAACAGGUUAUACAACAAACUUAUGCUGGAUUGGUAAUUUUGGCUGAACUCAGUCGUUUUGAGGUCAACAUUUGACUAAAUCAUUUUCUGCCCAAUAUGUUCAGGUGUAUGUUAGUAAGCAAUGACAAAGUUCCAUCCACCUGACCACAGCUGGUCUCAGGCAUGACGAGAGGAUGACUGAGAAUGGAGAGGACAGCCUCCUCCAUCAGUCCUGUGAGGCUCCUGCUAAAGGAGAUUCACUUGUCAGUGACAGCAGGACACUCAAGACCUCUGUAGUGGAUGCCACAUCCUGCAAGGAACACAAUGAUGCCCUUAAACUCACUGAUAGAAAUGCAGAGGGACAGAUCAGUCUAUACCAGCCUCGGCCACCCGCACUGCCCAGGCUUUCAAAGUCCAGAAAAAGUGUCUCACUGGAGGAGGCCGGGAGAAUCAGGAGGCUAAGAAACAGCCAGGAGAGUCUGAGUGAUCAAGUUGAGACUGGCUCCUCCACAGACUCUCUUAAAGAGGUCCAAACAACCCCAGCUUCCGGUGGGUUUGUUCUCAGCGCUGCUGCCACCAUCAGGAAUGACCAGGAUUCCAAUGUGAGAAAGCUCUCAGCUGUUACAAUGGGAUCCCCUGUCUUCCGGGACAGAGGGAGAAGUCUCUCAGAGUAUGAAAGGAGGCCCACUAGCCAGCAGAGUGACCCCACAGACCACCGGGUGAGGUCCAGCAAGGUGCGUCUGUCUCCGGUGCGUCCCCCGGGGACACUGCCUGCUCUGGGGAAGAGCUUUGCAUCAGACACUUUAAGGGCAGCUAAUAGGAUUGACGGGGAUUGUUUGGAUUAUGCCAUGAUGACCAGAGAGAAACUCGGGUUGAGACUCCACAGGAACCUGAGCGACAGCCGGCUUCUGGAAAACAUGGGGUCGGAUAGUGCCUCUGUCAACUCCAUGAGAUCCACCUACAGUGUGCUUAGCCCCAUCAGGCCCCAGGAUGUGAGGAACAGGAGCUUUCUGGAGGGCAGCGUGCUGGGAAGCGGUGCCCUGCUUGGGGCCGAGGAACUGGACCGCCACUUCCCUGACAGAAGAGUGGGCAUCUACAUAGCCACUUGGAACAUGCAGGGAGAGAAGGGACUUCCAGCCAACUUAGAUGAUCUCCUCCUUCCAACUGACUCCGCAUUUGCACAAGACUUUUAUAUUAUUGGAGUCCAGGAGGGCUGUCCUGACAGGAGGGAGUGGGAGACGCGUCUUCAAGAGACUCUGGGACCUUACUACGUCAUGCUGUACGCUGCAUCACAUGGCGUUUUGUAUCUCACUGUAUUUGUCAGAAGAGACCUCAUCUGGUUCUGCUCAGAGGUGGAGCACGCCACAGUUACAACCAGGAUCAUCUCUCAGAUCAAGACCAAAGGGGCUGUGGGAAUCGCCUUUACCUUUUUUGGCACUUCCUUCCUUUUCAUUACAUCUCAUUUUACCUCUGGCGAUGCCAAAGUAUACGAGAGAGUACUAGAUUACAACAAAAUCGUCGAGGCUCUAGCUCUUCCCAAAGGCCUUCCAGACACCAACCCCUACCGCUCCACACCAUCUGACGUCACAACAAGAUUCGAUCAGGUCUUCUGGUUUGGAGAUUUUAACUUCCGGCUGAGUAAAGACCGGGUGGACGUGGAGACCAUCAUAAACCGCACAGUAGGCGGCAAUAUGGCCCCUCUGUUGGAGCACGACCAGCUCUCUAAGGAGAUGAAAGAUGGUUCAAUCUUUAAAGGCUUCCAAGAGGCACCAAUACACUUCCUUCCCACAUACAAGUUUGACAUUGGCUGUGAUAUCUACGACACUACUUCUAAACAGAGAACGCCUUCAUACACAGACAGGAUCUUGUUCAGGAGCAGGCAGGCUGAGGACAUAAAAGUGGUCAAGUACACUAGCUGCUCCUGCAUCAAGACCUCAGACCAUCGGCCCGUCAUCAGCGUCUUCCAGGUCAAACUCAGGCCAGGCAGAGACAAUAUUCCCCUUGGUGCGGGACAGUUUGACAGAAGCUUGUACUUGGAGGGAAUUAGGAGGAGGAUCACCAGAGAGCUGAAGAGGAGGGAGGCCAUGAAGAACCAUAGCAGCAGCAGCACCAUCUGCACCAUCUCCUAAACCCUUAAACUGUGCCAGAAACUCUCCAGGCC